GCUGUGCUGUCUAACUUGUGGCUUGUCUUUAUAAAAAGGCACUUUGCAAGUGCGCUCCAGUCUUCAAAACUCACGGGCAACUUGGAAAUAAUACAGAAAGGGAACAUUCUCGCGUUUUUGUCCACAGAGGUUUAAACAAAUCGCAUCGACGUUCGUUAUUCAAGAGAUGAAAAGCUCGCAGACUUGAAGCGGUAUGAUUGCGAGGUAACUUAUUAUUUUUCUGGAAAGCGCUCGUGCUUGUUAUAAAUAACAGCUUGAAUUGUCAAAGGGACAUUCGGCGAACUUUUUUCUUUUUAUGCUUGCUGGAGCAAAUCAAAUUUGUAGCUAUUGUGUUUUCUUCAACUCGUACUGGAAGGUUAUUUUAUUCAGCCAGGGCAGGCUGAAACCUUCCUUCAUUCAGCUGACAAUUUCACCUGUAGUCGUCCACCUAAUACUUUCGUAUGAAUCUACUCGACCCCUUUUUAAAAAUGACAGACGAGCAAGAUAAGUGUCUAUCUGACGUGCCGAGCCCGAGUAUGUCAGAGGAUUCUGCUGGGUCUCCUUGUCCUUCCGGAUCUGGGUCUGACGCCGAGAACACACGCCCGCGCGACAACAGCCUGGCCAGAGCGGACGGUCAGCUGGUCGAAUUCAAGAAGGACGAGGAUGACAAAUUCCCCGUCUGCAUCCGCGAGGCGGUGUCCCAGGUGCUGAAGGGCUACGACUGGACCCUCGUGCCCAUGCCCGUAAGGGUGAACGGAUCCAGCAAAAACAAGCCGCACGUGAAGCGACCCAUGAACGCCUUCAUGGUGUGGGCGCAAGCCGCGCGCAGGAAGCUGGCGGACCAGUACCCGCAUCUUCACAACGCCGAGCUCAGCAAGACGCUCGGGAAGCUGUGGCGAUUGCUGAACGAGGGAGAAAAACGUCCGUUCGUCGAGGAGGCCGAGCGCCUGCGCGUGCAGCACAAGAAAGAUCACCCCGAUUACAAGUACCAGCCUAGGCGGAGAAAGUCCGCGAAGAACGGGCAGGGCGAGGGCGAGGACGGCUGCGAGCAGACCCACAUCUCACCCAACGCGAUCUUCAAGGCACUGCAGCAGGCGGAUUCGCCCGCGUCCAGCUUGGGCGAGGUGCACUCCCCAGAAGAACAUUCAGGGCAGUCCCAGGGCCCCCCCACCCCGCCCACCACCCCGAAAACGGACACGCAGCAGCCGGGCAAAGUGGAGCUGAAGCGGGAGGGGCGCCCCCUGCAGGAGGCGGGCGGCGUUGCCGGAGCGACCGGGCGGCAGCUCAACAUCGACUUCCGGGACGUGGACAUCGGCGAGCUGAGCAGCGAGGUCAUCUGCCACAUCGAGACCUUCGACGUCAACGAGUUCGACCAGUACCUGCCGCCCAACAGCCAUCCGGGCGUCUCCGCUGGGGGGGCGGCGGCGCCCUACGGGGGGAGCUACGGGGCGGGGCAGGCGUCCGGAGGGGGAGGGGCGCACGGCUGGAUGUCCAAACAGCAGCAGCAGCAGCAGAACCCCCCGCUCUCUGCCCUGGGGGGGGAGCAGAGGCCCACGCACAUUAAGACGGAGCAGCUGAGCCCCAGUCACUACAGCGAGCAGCAGCAGGGCUCGCCGCAGCCAAUCAGCUACGGCUCCUUCAGCCUGCAGCACUACGGCUCCGCCCCCGCCGCCUACCCCGGGGUGGCUGCGCCGCGCGCCCCGCAGUACGAGUACUCCGACCACCAGGGCGGCGCCACCUCCGGCGGCUCCUACUACAGCCAGGCAUCCGGCCUCUACUCCGGCUUCGCCUACAUGGGCCCCCCUGGCCAGAGGCCCAUGUACACCCCCAUCGCAGACACCGCGGGGGUCCCCUCCGUCCCCCAAAACUCACACAGCCCCCAGAGCUGGGAACAGCAGCCUGUGUACACACAGCUCUCCAGGCCCUGAGGGAGAGAGGGAUGGGGGGAGACACAGAGAGAGAGGGAUGGGGAGAGACAGAGGGAGGGGGAGAGAGGGAUGGGGAGAGACAGAGAGAUGGGGAGAAAGAUGGGAGAGACAGGGGAAGAGAGAAGGAGAGAGAGAGGGAGUGUGUCGACACCAGGUUUGGGGUGGGGUGGGGUGGGGUGGGGUGGGGUGGGGGCGUAAAUUACUUUUCAAUUUAAUACAGGACACGUACUUAAAAUUUAGUUCCUGAAUUGAAUUUUAAAAAUGUCCAUGUUCCAUGACUGUUCACACGCACACACACACACACACACACACGCACACACACGCACACACACACACACACACACACACACACACACACACACACACACACGCACACCUGGUGGGGAUGUCGAGGGCAUUGAGCAGUCUGACCCCAGAGGCUGGAGAGGUCUCUCAGCGAGCCAGAGCUGGACACACCGGAGACACGCGAUGAGAAAAGCUGGACUUGAAACCUGAAAAUAUGCGAAUGGUUCACGCUGUGCCUUCAUACGAGGACUUGUGAUAAUUAUAUAUAUAAAUAUAUAUUUUUAGCCAUAAUUUACAACAGAAGAAAAAAGGAAAUAUAUAAUCCUCUGUGAGGACGUAUUAAUAAUUGUUUUAGUAUGUACUGUGUAUGUUUUUUUUUCUUCCUUUUUUGUUUUUGAAGUUUAUUUUUUGGGGGUGGGGGAUUUAUACCUUCUUUUUUAAUUUUUUUAAAGCAUUCUUCUUUUUUGUUUGUUUUUUUCCUGAAUCUGCUAUAAACCACUUUCUGUAGUGCAGUCUCUUCAAGGCCUUAUUUCUUUUCUGACAUAUUUUUAUACAGUCAGCAAACGUAUCCCUUUUCUUCCUUCAUCUUUUUUUUUUUUUGUUGAAAACUCUGCCGUGUGUUGCGCUUUUGGUUCUGCAUACGUUUCUGUAUAUAACACUUUUAAAAGGUGAUAAGAUGUACUAAGUAUGUGGAUCGGAAAAUUACCAGCCUGAGACAGCCAUGUCUGUUCUUUUUAAUUUAACGAUCUGGUCACCAAAGGUCCUGCUUGGCGUUUCUUAAAUUUCGCCCCGCGGACCGUCCCGAGUUGUUUUAACUCACCGUGCAAGGUUACGUCAGAUGUAGGAGUAGUUCAGUUUUGUUUUUGUUUGUUAGUUUUUUUUCGUCGUCUGUUAAAGAUGCAAGAAGUUUACACCAGAGGUGCCUGUUUGUUUCCGUGGCGACGGCCAUGCCAUCGCACACUGAAAUAACUACAGCUGAGACUAUACUUCACUUUCUGACAGGAAGUGCUGAGACUAUACUUCACUUUCUGACAGGAAGUGCUGAGACUGUACUUCACUUUCUGACAGGAAGUGCCAGCAGCCACAGGAAGUGACCUUUGACCCCCCUCCGUGACUGUUCCCAGCAGGCCACAGCCAUGUUGUCUUUAAUUACAGACCCCCAACCCCCCCACCCCCACCCCGAGCCCCUAACCGGUCUUAACCAGUUUAAUUUAUUUAUUAGUAGAUUAAUUUUAUUUCAAAGUAAUUAUUUGUGUUUUAUUCUUUAAUACAGCUGUAUACAACUAAUUAAAAUUUCGGAAUAUAAAACAUAUGCAUACUGUUUUUGUCUUUUGCAGAAAGCUGUUCUUGUUCAAAUUUGGUACAAAUUGUAACCAUCUUGUUUAUUUAUCAUUUGAAAAUUUUUCUAUUUUAAAUGUUUAUUUGUUCUUUGGCAUCUAGUUGUGUACAUAUUACUUUUGAUUGUGAUAAAUCUUGAUUUGAAAUUCUUUAACAAGAAACUGGAAAAUUUGUUUUUCAUACAGAAUAUGAAGAAACGUUUAUUUGAAGCAGUGGCUGAACAUUUUUGUUCAUAAAAGUACCAGCAUUCUUUUUAUUUUUAAAAAAGAUUUAUUUGAUAUUCUGUAUUUCAUAUCUUAAUACUGACAUGGAGAAUCUUUUAAUGCAAGUGAACAAAUCCUUUUUUUCUUAGACAAGUUUAACAUGUUAUUGUCUUUUAAAGAAGCUUAUCUUUUGUAUGAUAUUGUUUGCAAUAAACAAGAAAAUCUUGAAAAAAAAUCA